AUGACAACACGUUCUUUUCUGGAUGCGAUUCGUUGCAAUGAUGGGCCUGACUUCUUGACUUUCCAGAGUCCCCUCCAACAAGCGCAGUUUUUGGUCUCUAAGGACGACCACGUGGCCCUGAAACCUUUGUUGGCUUUGCCCAAUAGGGAAAAUGGUGGUCCAAUUAAAGAAACUGACUUCACUAAUCCCGACGUCAAUGAAAAUCUCCUCCAUUUCGCAGUUCGUCAGUUGGCAGCUAACUGUGUGCACAUUUUGGUACAUCCACCUUUCAAUUGGAAUCCUGAACGACGAAAUAUCCUGGGAUCAAGUGCGUUGGAUUUGGCGAUGCGCAACAGGAACGCCUACCUCCCAGUUGUGUGGUCUCUGGCCUUCACGUCCCUUGAAGUCUUUCCUGAACCCUCUGACUUAGGCUUUUCCUUAACGCAUCUCCUCCUUAGACCUCCUACCACUGAGCUUUCCUUUCAUCAGGUAACAGUUGAUCUUGCAAAACGCAACUUCUUUUUUUCAAAAUUGUAA